AGGUUUUAAAGUAAAUUAAGUUUUUUUUUUCCUCGUUAAGGCAAAUUUCCUCGAAGGGGCGCAAGAAAACUUGAGCAGAGAGGCGAAGCAUCCUCCUCCCCCAUUGUGACCUGACAUCCUCUUCACGAUAUUCGAAGAAGUCUCUUCUUCUCCAACGUAACCUCAGAUCAGAAGAAGGAUUGGGCAAAGUAUACGAUUCUGUAAUUCUUAAGUUUAUCUAGGAAAGGUACUGUGUAGUUUGAUUUCAAAAAGUUGUAUAGUGUAAACUCGGAUAUGGCGGUGGGAGAGAAACAGCAGAAAGGAGCGGUGGUGGUUGAGAACGGCGGCGAGAAGAAUGAUUCCGCCGUUGUAACCUCCCCCUCCGCUUCGGGCGAGAAGAAGCGGAAAGGUUGGUUCUCGCGUAUUUGGAAUGGGAUUUUUAGGGUUAGAGGCGACGAUUUCGAGAAGAGACUUAAGAACAUCUCAAAGGAAGAAGUGACUGUUCGGAAUAGAAUGAAGCGUAGAUCGAUUACGAGGAGGAACUUCAUUAGAAACCUCAUCGUUUUCUCUGUCAUCUUUGAGAUAAUUGCAGUGGCUUAUGCAAUCAUAACUACAAGGAAUGAGGAUAUGGAUUGGAAACUGAGGAGUUUCAGGAUCUUGCCUAUGUUUGUUUUACCUGCUCUUGCUUCUCUUGCUUAUUCGUCAUUUGUUGGCUUCUGGAGGAUGUGUGACCGCAGAGAUCAACAUACCUUGGAAAAGCUUCAAGCAGAAAUGCUUGGGAAGAUCAAUGAGUUAAAAGAAAGGACCAAUUAUUAUAUCACUCAGCAGCUUAUUCAGAGGUAUGACCCUGACCCAGCUGCAAAGGCAGCUGCUGCAACUGUUCUUGCAUCCAAGUUGGGUGCUGAGUCAGGCUUAAAAGUAUUUGUAGGAGAUGAAUCCCAACUUGACCCCACCUCAGGCAAGAGAAGUGACAUGGAUGUCAAACACUCACGAGAUCUUAGGAACCGAAGACAACCAAAUACACGACACAAUAGUGCUGGGACCACUCCAACACAUCAUUCUGAUAAUGAGUCUAACCAUUCGGGGACAAGCGAAAGAAUCACCGGCACAGAGCAAAACCAACAGAUGGUGUUUGAGCAUUAUAAUCCUCAGGGAUAUGCUGCUCAUGAUGGUAGCUGGAUCUCACGCAUUGCAGCUCUCCUUGUAGGUGAAGAUCCAACACAGUCAUAUGCACUUAUCUGUGGAAACUGCCGUAUGCAUAACGGACUCGCCCGGAAAGAGGACUUCCAGUACAUUACUUACUACUGUCCUCAUUGUCGAGCUCUGAACAAGCCGAAACAUUCAGAAGAGCAUUCACUUAAAGCUCCUGCUGAUACACUUCCUACAGUUUCUCCUAAGCCAGUGGAAAAUGAAGUGAUCAACAGCAGUAGCUCGACUAGCGAACGCGGGAACAGUCCAAUCCCUUUGUUAAACACUCCAGAUAUUGUGGACGUUGUCCCCGAAACAGCUGAGAGCGAGACACCGAACUGACCUGAGAAAGUACCUGUGAGGUAGAAGAAAAUGUUCUACAAAGACAAAACGAGGGAGAGAGAGAGAGAGAUGGAGUGAGGAAAUGUUGAUGUUGAUAUGCUAAAAUCUGUAGAUGCUUGCAAUUUUGAUUGUGGAAGGAAGUCUGAACACAGACAAAAUGAAUAGUUUUUAUAUAUCUUUUUUUAUUUGUCUUUUACAAUUUGAGACAAAAGGUAA